UGGUGUUUGGUUCCACCACUAGUGACGACAACAAACGCGAGGAUAUUACAAAAUAUUUAGGGCAAUUUUACUAAUAAAAUAAGCAGAAUUGACGCUACCUACUAGAGCCAAACGAAGAGCAUAUUGCAAUGCCGUCGAGAACGAGUGGAGCUUCAGCCAGUGGCAAGGAGGCGGCGCAAGAUUCCCGGAAAACGGUUGCCGGGCCGAGAAGCAAGCGAAUUGCCCAAAACAAUCGCAAUAGAAGUCUUGGCGUAGAAAAAAAACCCAUUGCCGCCCAGCCGCAGCGAACGUUCCCGCCAAAAUCCGAGUACGAGAAAUUCUACGAAACUGUAUUCCUCGCCGAGGAUCCCAAGCCCGAUGAAGAUAUGACGCCGGAACGUCGAAGGCCAGGACCAAAGUUCAAGAGACCUCUCAUCGCCUUACUCGAUGAGGAAGUAACGCAGCCGGCAACUCCGCGACUCGUAAAGGAAACAGCACCGAAAAAAACCGAUGAGCCAGUGAUUCGAAACGAGAUCUUUCAUCCUCACAAAAACCUAAAACCAGAUACAUUUGAGGAUUUAUACUCGAAAACGGAGCGUCACGUGUGGAAAAAGGAUGCCGAGAGAAUGUUAUUGCAGCUAUGGGCGCAACAUUUGAAGGAGUUCCGUGGCGAGUCAAAGAAUAUCCUGAUCUACAAGAAGAUGGCCCAUGAGAUGAGCCAGUUCGGACCGAGUCACACGGAGCUCAAGACCAAAAUGGACAAUAUGUCGCGAAAGUAUCGCAUAGAAGCUGAGAGAGUCCGUGAGACUGGAGUUCCCUCCAAGUGGGAACACUUCCACAGGCUUCAGGCACUUCUAAUUGGCACGAAAGCCGUAAAUGUCUUUGAGGAUAUAAUGUGCGAUGAUCCUGAAGCAGCUCUUUUCACCGAUGUGGAAUCUGAUAAUGAAGAAAUGGCUUCGAUGAAAGAUGAAUCGAUGGCAGAAGACCCGAAGGAUGAAUUUGAAAAUGAAUUGAGCACGAAGGAAACUCUAAAGAGAACGCGGUCACCCUCGCCAAAUAUCCCAGACAUUCAGGAUGAAGAGGAGGAGGAAGAGCCACUGGAACAAUUAUCCCCGUCGCCUGUUUCGAAGUAUCGCACCAAAACCAAGAUCCCAGUUAGCCAUACAGACAGAAUCCUUCAGAUUGAGGAGGAGAAACUGAUUAUCGAGCGAGAAAAGCUGCAGGUUAUGAAAGAAGCUCUCGUGGAGCUGAACUCAUUCCACAAAGAUAUAGUUCAUUUCCUUAAGCAUAAGAAUUAGUGCAAUUAGGUGUUAUGUACAAGACGUUUUCCACUCUUUCAGAA